UCGAAUUAUCACUUCUCUAACAUUAAAAAAAAUCAGUGCAUAUAUUCUCUUCUCUCUUCCCAAAAACACAACCCCACUCCAUUCAUCCUCCAUAGUCCCAAACCCAUAACAAGAAGAAGCAUAAAAAAUCUAGAAAAAGAAAAAUUAAUGACUAGUCAUCUUGAACUUGAACUGUCACAUAAUUACAGUGACAGUAAUGAUGAUGACGAGGAUGAGGAGCAAGACAUGGAUGAAGAAAUAGAAGAGGAGGAAAAAGAAGAAAAUAAUUCUAAUGACUACAACAACAUUUACGGAGUUUGUAGUGGUCGUGGUCGAACAGGACUGACAGGCUUUUUCUCGGGGAAAAUUAUAGACCCGAGAGCAGCUUGGGUUCAAGAAUGGAACAGAAUAUUCUUAUUAGUAUGUGCCACUGGACUUUUUGUGGAUCCAUUAUUUUUCUAUGCGCUUUCUAUUAGUGAGAAUUGUAUGUGCCUCUUCAUCGACGGGUGGUUCGCCGUCACGGUCACGGCUCUCCGGUGCAUGACUGAUGCGUUGCAAUUAUGGAACAUGUGGCUGCAAUUCAGAAUGAACAAAUUACGCCCUAAUGAUAAGAGUCCUCGACGUUCUGUGGCUUUAAAAUAUUUGAAGGCUAAGAAGGGUUUCUUUUUUGAUCUAUUUGUCAUCCUUCCUUUGCCGCAGAUAGUGAUGUGGGUAGCGAUUCCAGACCUACUGGAGAAAGGAUCAAUAACAACAGUGAUGACAGUGUUGUUAAUAACGUUUCUGUUUCAGUAUCUGCCCAAAAUCUAUCACUCCGUUUGCCUAUUGCGGCGGAUGCAGGGUUUCUCCGGCUACAUAUUUGGCACUGUUUGGUGGGGAAUUGCUCUCAACUUGAUCGCCUAUUUUGUCGCCUCUCACGCUGUGGGAGCAUGUUGGUACUUACUAGGAAUCCAAAGGGCUGCGAAAUGUUUGAAAGAACAGUGCGAAGUUACAAAGGGUUGUGGCCUCAGAAUGUUGGCCUGCGAAAAGUCAAUAUAUUAUGGAACAAAUAGUCUGGUGAAGCACAAAAGUCGAAUCAUAUGGGGUGAGACCAAACUUGCUAGAUCGACAUGCCUAUCCUCUGAAGAAAGUUUUGAUUAUGGAGCUUAUAAAUGGACUGUUCAACUUGUUACUAAUGAAAAUCGUCUUGAGAAAAUACUCUUACCCAUUUUCUGGGGUCUCAUGACUCUCAGUACUUUUGGCAACCUGGAGAGCACAACAGAUUGGCUAGAAUUAGUAUUCAUAAUCAUCGUUCUUACUAGUGGGCUAAUUCUGGUCACCAUGUUGAUUGGUAACAUCAAGGUUUUCUUGCAUGCAACGACAUCAAAGAAACAGGCAAUGCAACUAAAGAUGAGAAAUGUAGAGUGGUGGAUGAGGAGAAGAAGAUUGCCACAGGAUUACAAGCAGAGGAUGAGAAAUUAUGAACGACAAAAAUAUGCAGCAACGCGUGGAGUUGAUGAAUGCGAGAUGAUACAAAACCUUCCUGAGGGUCUUAGAAGGGACAUCAAAUACCAUCUUUGUUUGGACUUGGUCAGACAGGUUCCUCUAUUUCAACAUAUGGAUAAUUUGGUCCUGGAGAACAUAUGUGAUCGCGUGAAGUCCCUGAUAUUUACUAAAGGAGAAACAGUAAGUCCAAAUAUAACUAGAGAGGGCGAUCCAGUUCAGAGAAUGUUAUUCAUAGUGAGAGGCCAUCUCCAGAGUAGUCAAGUACUUCGAGACGGUGUAAAAAGUUGCUGCAUGUUAGGUCCCGGAAACUUCAGCGGCGACGAACUUCUUUCGUGGUGCCUCCGAAGACCCUUCGUGGAGCGACUGCCGCCGUCCUCAUCAUCAUUAGUGACUCUUGAAACCACUGAAGCCUUUGGCCUUGAAGCUGACGAUGUGAAGUAUGUAACACAACAUUUCCGGUACACAUUUGUGGACGAAAAAGUCAAGAGAAGUGCUAGAUAUUAUUCUCCAGGAUGGAGAACUUGGGCAGCAGUUGCUAUUCAAUUGGCUUGGAGGAGAUAUAGACACAGGUUGACGCUCACCUCGUUAUCUUUUAUUAGACCAAGAAGACCAUUAUCUCGAUCUUCUUCAUUAACGGAGGACAGACUCAAGCUUUAUGCGGCUUUGCUUACUUCGCCAAAGCCUAAUCACGAUGAUUUUCAUUUUUAAAAACAACAAAAGAUUUACUUGUGGAACAUAUGUGUGGUAAUAUAGUUUGAAUGUUCUUGUUA